CGGGUUUAUGCUGACGCGUCCCUCUUCUCCUGAUACUCCGACGUGUCAGUCCUCUUGUGUUCAGAUCUGAGCAGCAGACCAGCUGGUGAAUCCGCAGACAUGGCUCCUAAAGGCACCAGCAAGCAGCAGUCAGAGGAAGACCUUCUCCUCCAGGACUUCAGCAGGAACCUUUCAGCGAAGUCCACCGCGUUGUUUUACGGAAAUGCACUCAUCGUUUCUGCCAUCCCCAUCUGGCUGUUUUGGAGGAUUUGGCACAUGGACCUUGUCCAGUCUGCAGUCUUGUACGCUGUGAUGACUCUGGUCAGCACCUACCUGGUGGCCUUCGCCUACAAGAACGUCAAGUUUGUUCUCAAACACAAAGUCGCCCAAAAACGUGAGGAUGCCGUCUCCAAGGAGGUAACCAGGAAGCUGUCAGAGGCAGACAACCGCAAGAUGUCCCGCAAGGAGAAAGACGAGAGAAUCCUGUGGAAGAAGAACGAGGUCGCCGACUACGAGGCCACCACCUUCUCCAUCUUCUAUAACAACACUCUCUUCCUGGUGCUCGUCAUCGUCGCCUCCUUCUUCUUGCUCAGGAACUUCAACCCCACCGUCAACUACAUUCUGUCCAUCAGUGCCUCCUCAGGACUCAUCGCUCUGCUGUCCACAGGCUCCAAAUAAAGGAGGAAGAUGAGGAGAAUAAAAGCUGGAGGGGUGGGAUUGGGUAGGAAGUGGAUUAAAGAUGGGUAUACACUUAAAUUAGGGGACGGGGUUUAAGGGAUCGAAAUAUCACAUUUCAACUUCAUGAUCAAAUGUCUGUUUUCUGUUUUUUGUAACAAAUAAAGCAACCAGGUAUACUUGU